AUGCUUUCUUUCAUGCGUAAUUCGAAACGCAUCCUAUGCAACAUCCUUAUAUGCAAACAAAACAAAAUAUUCACCUAAUCUUUUUAUCAUAUAGUGCGUGCUACGUGUAUUUCUACUUUUUAGUUUGCUUGUAUAACUACAGCUUGUACAACUACUGUAUAACACAAGAAGAAGCAAAUGAAUUAUUCAUUAUACACAGUUUUAUUCUUGUUCAUCUUUGUGAUGGACAUUAUUAUCGCAGAAUUUACAGCAGAUGAUUGCAAAUUAUUAGGAUUUAAUAAAGCUAAUGUUCUUUGCUCGACUUGCAAACGCUUCAGCGAUCCCGAAUUAGCAAAAAUUCUCACUACCUGUAAAGAAUGUUGUCUAAAAGACAAUGACAAUGAUUUAUCGGGAUCAAAGCGUUAUCCUAAGGCUGUUCUUGAAGUCUGCACAUGCAAAUUUGGACAAUAUCCACAAAUACAGGCUUUCAUUAAAAGUGAUCGACCAAAGAAAUACAAGAAUCUUAGCAUAAAAUAUGUAAGAGGCUUAGAUCCAAUCAUUAAGCUAUAUGAUGAGGAAAAUAGAAUUGAAGAUAUAUUGGAUAUACAUAAAUGGGACACAGAUUCUGUAGAUGAAUUUCUAUCUACUCAUCUUUCUAAAGAUUAAUACAAUUAGGAAAUUAAUGUUGUAAUACAUAUUAUCUCUACUACAUUCUUAAUAUAUUAUCCAUUUAA